ACUGACUCGACACACAACCUCUCCCUUCUGAGGGAAACAGACAUUCUUUCCCACAAAUACACACCAUAUUAACCUUGCGAUAACACAUGAUUAUCCUAUAUCCAGUGUCGUGCCCAGUCUAGAGUCUCUCUCCGAUUUCUAGCCCGCCAUGGCUCCUCCGGCUAUCCCCGCAGCAGACCUCAGCUCUUUCACCACCUACCUGAAAGGCUGCAGGCGAGUGAUUGCGUUAUUAGGAGCCGGUAUUUCUGCGUCAUCAGGUCUUCCCACUUUUCGAGGAGCGGGUGGUCUAUGGCGAUCAUACGACGCGACGGACCUGGCAACGCCCGAGGCAUUCGAUGCCAACCCAGACUUAGUAUGGCAAUUUUACAGUUAUCGGAGGCACAUGGCUCUAAAGGCACAGCCCAACCGUGCGCAUUAUGCUCUGGCUGAGCUUGCCCGAAAGAACAAGGACUUCAUUACACUGAGUCAGAAUGUUGAUGGUCUUUCGCAACGAGCUAGGCACCCGCCGCAUCAACUUCACCUUCUUCAUGGCUCCCUCUUCACAGUGAAAUGCACAUCAUUCUAUUGCAGCUAUUCCCGCGAAGACUUCACCGACCCAAUUGUUCCCGCUCUCGCUUUGCCAAAGAAGCUAGAACCAUCCGCAACAGAUAAAACGGGCGAAGAGGCUUCUCGAUCCAUCUCUAGUGCACUAGGGAACAAUGAGGAUGUGGAGGCUGAUGUGUCGGACGAGCGUGUUCCUCUUUCCGCAGUGCCUUAUGAAGAGCUCCCCCACUGCCCGGAAUGCAAAGACGGGCUUCUACGCCCUGGGGUGGUGUGGUUCGGAGAGAGUCUCCCAUUACAUACAAUUGAUUAUGUGGACGAAUGGUUGAACAACGGAAAUGUUGACUUGAUCUUGGUAGUAGGUACAAGUUCGAGGGUAUACCCUGCGGCAGGAUAUGUGGAUAAGGCUCGCAGUAGAGGAGCUAGAGUGGCAGUGGUAAAUAUGGACCGCAACGAUGUUGGCUCUUCGGGGUUGAAACCUGGAGAUUGGUUUUUUGAGGGUGAUGCAGGUACAGUUGUUCCGGAAAUUUUGAAGGGGGUGAUUGGCGAUAUAUAAUCAUCUUUGCUACUAUUUAUUCUAUAGGUGAACAGAGUACAGAGAAUUCUGAAAUAUCUUAUAAUAGCUUCAAAUGUCUUUUAC